ACAUCAUGAUUUCUCUGUACCAUUUUCAUGUCGGAAUUUUAGAAAUUCACUAACAAAACACCUGAAACGGGUCAACCGGUGCGCAAAAGUCUAGAUAUUGUUAAUACAGUUAAUUACCUAGCCGUUGUCUGUCACUGACUCGCGAGACACGUAAUAUUUUCGCUCCGACUUUCGUAGAAAGUUGCCGCUUCUGUCGAAUAUCCAUAUUUAAGUCGGUGGAGAAGAUUCUAACAGCGCUAAAAUGACCGAAAGUUCUCCAGACGAGCCUAGCCGUAAUAGGAAAGACUUCAUCUGCGGCGUUGUCGAAGGCUUUUACGGGCGGCCGUGGACCACGGAACAAAGGAAGGAUCUGUUCCAAAAGUUGAAAAAAUGGGGCAUGGAUAUGUACGUCUACGCCCCAAAGGACGACUACAAGCACCGUGCCUACUGGCGAGAGCUGUACACCGUAGAGGAGGCCGAGCACCUGACGUCUCUGAUAUCAGCCGCCAAAGAACAGGGCAUUAUAUUCUGCUACGCCUUGUCCCCGGGACUUGACAUCACGUAUAGCAGUCAGAAAGAGAUUACCACCUUGAAACGGAAGUUAGAACAGGUGUCACAAUUUGGAUGCACAUGCUUCGCUCUUCUCUUCGAUGACAUUGAGCCGGAGAUGAGUGAAGCAGACAAACAGAUAUUCCAGAGUUUCGCUCAUGCACAAGUGUCCGUAACAAAUGAAAUCCACCAGCACCUCGGUUGUCCUCGAUUCCUGCUGUGUCCGACCCAGUACUGCUCCACCCGAGCUGUGCCCACCGUGAACACUUCGGAAUAUCUCAACACGCUGGGCACGAAGUUGUCGCAGCAGAUUGAUAUUAUGUGGACUGGUCCAAAAGUGAUCUCCAAGACGUUGACCACGGAGUGCAUUGAGGAGAUCACGCAAGUGCUGCGUCGGCCGCCCGUCAUAUGGGACAACCUGCACGCGAACGACUACGACCAGAAGCGGAUAUUCCUGGGUCCAUACUGCGGCCGAUCCCCGGAACUGAUCCCUCUUCUGCGUGGGGUGCUUACGAACCCCAAUUGCGAGUACAACGCGAAUAUGAUCCCCAUUUGGACGCUCGCGCACUGGGCCAGUUGUAGCUUGGACGCUCCUGCACACAUGGAAGCAGUGUCAUGGGACAUAAAACUGGAGCGGGAAGGCGAGCAAGGUGUUUGUGAAGACGAAGCCCCAUUGCCUCUGGGGAAACAUGUGUACCACCAUCGACAAGCGUUGAGGGAAGCAAUCAACGAGUGGUUGCCAGAGUUUGCAAUACCUAAAACAGCGCAAGGCCCUGUCAUCAAACCACAGCCACCGGUCACAGUACCACCAGUGCCAAUCAUCCCAAUCCUCCCGUCAGUCAACACGUGCAUGUCGCUCAUGACAGCUACGAGCAAUACGUCCACCACGAGCACAGCUGACAUGACCCCCGCCAUCCCCUGUGUCAACACAAGUCAGCUUCAAGCAUUGGCAGACGUGUGUUCCGCGAGCAACGACCGGCCUCUACUGGCUACUGGAAUAUCACCAAACGAAACCUUCAACCCGGUAGCGAAUCCAGUGAUGAACUCCCUCGUAUCACCAACCAAAGUCAUCCUUAACGAGUCUAUUCCAAACCCCAUCAUACCCAUAGCCAGCUCCAACAUAUCUUUACCCUCAGAAAUACCUAUAUCCACCCUACCCGUGCCCAUAUUGGGCAUCAAGGCACUCGAAGAAAACAACAAGUUGGAUCAGUCUAUGAUAGAAAAGGCAGAUGAGACGUUAAGUGGAGACAGUGUUUUGGAAAGUGCCAGUUUUAUAGAAGAUAUGAAGAAGGAUAAAGAUGAUGAUACUGAUAAUAUUAUUGUGGAUGAUAUGGAACCGUUGGUUGGGGAAACACAGAGGAAUGGGGAGAUGAGUCUUGGUGACACCCCACAAACGCUCAGUCCCAGCCGUGGGUCGCUGUUCGCGCCAGAACCAGAGGCAGGAAUCAUGGAACCGGCGGCGACUGAAGGCGACGUCUGCAUGAACGAUGGAAUGAGCGAGAACGGUUCAAUGCAAGUGGAGCCAAGCAAUAGUCCGCUAAGUACGGAUAUGAUGGUAGAAAUGACGGAACCAGUGGAGCCUGUGGAUGAAACGCUAGAAGAACCAACAGUUGACGAGAAUGCGCUCAUAGCGGACGACUUACUGCUGCUGUGCGAUCUCUUCUACCUACCCUUUGAACACGGUUCCCGUGGGUUGCGGUUGCUGCACGACUUCAACUGGUUGACAACGCAUGCGGCGAGUAUGCAACCAAGAGGGAAUAAACCUGAGACUAGUGAAUGGCGCCGCCGCCGCAGUCGUUUCGCGUGGUGGGUGCAGCGGACUAGGCGAUUGUCGCGGCGUCUAGCGUUCUCAGCCAAUAGAGAGUUGUAUGCGGAACUGCAUCCUUAUGUGUGGGACCUGUGCGGAGUCCUAGCGCUUUUGGACGGCUUCGUUGGGUGGCUGGAACUAGGCAAAUUCCCUGCAAAUGUAGCGACGAACAUACAAGGCACCUAUACAUGGUUCUCCAAAGGCUGGCGGGAGGCCUUCGAGAGCGGCGCACAGGAGCCGUGGGUGUUCCGCGGCGGGCUCGCGGCCGACCUGCGCCGCCUGCUGUGCGUGGACUGCGCCGCCGACGCGCUGCGGCCCGCGCCCCGCCCCGCGCCCCGCACGCGCGCGCCCCACGCGCCCCGCGUCUACCGCCCCGCCGACGAGCAGGCGGUAUGCGUAAUCUGCCACAAGACGUGUCGCGAUGGAUCCGACUGCAGCGACCUCUUCCCAAGCGAUCUGCAAACGUUGCCAGCAGAUAGGCUAGUAGCACCGUUCCUGACUCUCACACCAGAGCUGUGUAUGGUGAUAGAAGACGACGAGGAUUGUCUGCAUCCAGACAUUGAGGCGUUGGAUGGGGAGUGCGACGAUUCUGGGGAGAAGAUAGUCACCGAGCAGAGGAUAAACGGUGCGAAGCCCGAGAUCGUAGGCUAUGCGUGUGCAGCGCUGAACAGCAAAGAGUUCUACAAGCGGCAGGAGAUCGCCUGGAUUCCUGAAAUGUGCGCCAAGUACCCGCAGUCGCUUGUGGAUAGAGACGACCUCAGCCCUGCUGCUAAGGACUGCGUGCGUCACUUCCACCAGUUCGCGUCGUUAGAGCGCGCGCCCGACAGCGUGACGCGCGCGCACCCCGCGCUGCUGACGUGCUGCGUGCUGCCGCCGCCCGCCUGCCGCGACGCGCACGCGCCCGCGAGGCUAUUGACUUGCCUACUGGCUGCUUUGAGAGCCCAUGGUGCGACUGGAGUCCACGCGUGCAUAAACGCGACCGACCACUACCUCCACCAGUUCUACAGCAAGCUCGGCUUCGUGGAAGCGCACCGCAGCGCCGGCGGCCGCGUGUACAUGGCGCGCGCCUUCUAGCGGCGACGCAACGCGCCGCGUCGCAGCGCAACCGCACCCGCGCUCUUCGUGUCUACGAAGCCUGUCACCGCUACGGCUGUCCGGCGCAAGAUACCGCGACCUAAGCUUUAAUCUUGCUGUAAGUUAAAAAAAAUCCAAAAAAAUCCAUGCCA